GUCAAAUUUGAAUUUUCGUCUGUUGCUUGUUGUUUGUCGCAUUCAGAUUAUUAUUGUUUGCGAAUUACACAUUUUCUAACUGUAGAACACAUAAUUGUGACUAAAAUGAAUGAAGAAAAGUUGAGUAGUGAUAAGGUGCCUCAGAAGUUCGCAGAAUGGUUGCUGUCCAUGGGUUGUCCGCCGGAUAAAGUGCCUACUGUUGACAAACUAUCAGAAAUGUGCCGCGGCCAGUAUUACAUGGUGUGGCGCAGUCUGAUGGAGCAUGUAGAGCCUAAGGAGGUCAUCAGACAGAAGAGGCUGCAAGUCUUCAAUGAUGAUGUGCAGAGGUGUAGGAAAACUAAUGCUUUUUGCAAGCCUGAUUCAAGCACAAUAGUGCCAGAAGAGCUGACUCUAUGGAAGCAACAGACUACCCUGCGGGAGAGAGUGCAAGACGCAGAGACCAGAGUGCAGCAAGCCAGGCAGGAGCUCAACCAGCUCGUGGAUAAAGUGUCCAGCAGAUUAUCGCACCGCAACCUCGCCCGCGCCCGCGUGGCGGCGGCCCAGCGCCGCGCCUGGCUGCUGCAGCAGUUGGGCGAGGAGCUGCGCGCCAAGAGAGACAGCUUGAAUGAAGCCAGGACCAUCGCCGACUCGCUGUGCAGCUUCGAUGACUGUUCUGAUGUUGAGAACAAGCUAGACAAGUUGACCAGCCGCCGGCAGACCCCGCGUGCCCCCGCGGCGCUGUCCGUCAGUAUGGCGCCACUCGCCAGCUCCUCCAUCACGUCCAACGGCGGAGAUAUGAACGACUCGGAGGAGCAGAUAUCGUCCCUGGUGAGGUGCGGCGGCGCGCUGUGGCCCCAGCUGUGUGAGCGACGCGCCGCGCUCACUGCCGCGCUCGCUGCCACUACCGACCGGGACACUAGCGAUACUAACAGGAUAACUCCCCAAUGGGUGCUCUCCCACACGGCGUCCCUGCAUUGCUCGCUCGCGCUCAACUCCGUGAAGAACAAGGUACACACCAAGCGCGCACAGAAGAAACUAGCCGACUCACUCACACAGAUCAAUGACUACCUCUCAGGCGAGGCAUGUGAGCUGCUAGUAGUGCGCUGUGAGCGUGCGCGGGCGCAGGCUCGGGUGGACACUCUACGGACGUUGCACGAGGAGGUGACGUCACGGACCGGAGUGUUCGAGGCCGCCGGGGGGGCUCCAGAUACCCAGGCUACCAGGCAUAUACUGGCUAUUGAUAAGGCUAUUGAAUCGAAACGCGACGAGCUGAAACGUCUAAUUACGUCACUGGCUGUAACGGAGCGCAAGAUACAUAAUGUGAGGGAAUGUCUGACCACUGUGUUCAAUGGCUUCCACACCGACACCGGGUGCCAGGGGGACAGGUUCGGAGGUCAGUUAUCCCUACCACAAGAGUCAAUAUCAACAUUGCGACGUUUUUACGAAGAGAGGAGAGACAGAAAUAGGAACAAAGUCAACUUAAGCAUGGACCUCGAUACUUCGGAGAACUGCUCCUAUGAUGCUGCAGAAAAUAUGAACCCGACCUUCACUGAUGAGCUGAAGGUGUACCUGAAGAAGUUUAAGCUGGAAAAUAACAGAAAAUUGGUGCUAGACAACGGCGAAAAGGUGUGGAUAUUUGAAACGCUCCAAUCAUCAGUGGACCGCUUACAUUCGAGCUGGCAGCGCGAUGACGUCACGUGCUCGCUCGUCUGUCCGUCCGUCAGUCUGUCACGCAAUCUACAGAGGAUUAUACUGACCGUGCAGAAGAAAUAUGAAAUGGAAGCGUUGGUGAAAGUUCUCGAAAGUUCUUUGAGAAGGGAUGUGUCUAUAGAUAUAUCAUCAGAAACGGAAGAGGAGACCAACACAAUAGAUAGAAUUAAAAAGCGUCUCAACGACAACCUGGUAGCCUUGCAGAAGACUGUGAAGACCCUGGACCUGGGACAGGAGAACCUUCAGCUCUGGUCCGAUAACUCCAUGAAGAAAUACAUCUCUUCCAACAGAACCAUUGAUGGGAAGACCUAUAAGGAGUAUGAAGCUAAUUAUUUAGAGAGCUUGAAUCUUAAUAUGUAGGAACAUAUGAAUGGAUUAUUAAGGAACCUAUAAACUGGGUGAUUUUUCAAAAAACUUUAACUUUUAUUUAACAAAUCAUUAUUCUCCCGCAUUAUUAAGCAUCGUGGUAGCUUAUUAUCAUCCUUAUUUUUAUUGGAUUGGUUGAGAGCAGUGUCACAGUUUAAUUUAUUGAAACCAAAUUUUGUGUUUCAAUCAACAGAAUUGUUAACUUUUGGUUGAGGAUAAUGACGCCGUUAACUUUUUGUGAUUUUUAUUGAAGAAUCACCCAACUACAAGUUUUUAAACUGGCAUGGUCACUAACACUAUCAUUAGAACUUAAGACGGGAUAUUUACCAUGUUUAUUUAUGUCUAUGGGUCAAAACUGACCAGGAAGGCACUUUUGAACGUCAAAGCAAAUAUAAUGAUAUUAUUAACGUCCUGUCUGUCAGUCAGUCCUCCAAUGAAGCUAUUUGCUCGUUCCAAAGUGUAUAUUCCUAUGCAGAAGAACGAGUAAGAAACUCCAUAGGCUACUCUUUUUUAAUCAGAUUCACAAGACAAUUCUUGGUUACAUUGUUUCGAUUGCUUUAACUAUGUGAAAACAAUGUAAAACUAAUAUUCAGUCAAAGUGAUAGGAAAAGAAAAUAACCUUGAGGAUUUCCGAUUUCCGAUGGGUUUCCGAUUCAUCCUUGUUCAUGGCGCUUACAACAGUGUCGAAAUAUAGGAAACUCAUAGACAUUUUUUCAUUAAAUUUCUGUUUAUGUAUAUGUCAUUUCAUCAGAUUUUUUACAGAUCUUUGGUUGUGAUGUGAUGUAAUCGUACAACUGUGUUGUGAAUUUAGGGAACAGAGAGUAAAGUUCCCUAAGAAAAGGAGGAUCCUCCGACCAGGCGAGGUGAUCAGCCUGGCGGGCUUUCUGCCCAACUGUUGUUCGUUGGGAUUUUCUAUCCGUGUUAAUUCGCAUGUAAACUUCGUAUGUGCGAUGCAGGAUAUUUGUGACGUCAUCCAUUGAUUUGCUCGUCGAUAGUCUAUGUGCGACUUCUGUCAUCUGUCACUUGUCAAUGUGUCGCCACAUGAAAUAUAAAAAUAAAUAACAUUGUAAAUUAAAUUUCUGUAGAGAACAAAACUUUAAUAUCUUACAAAUAUGUAGUAUCUUCGUUAUACAUCACACCAUUUGCACCUCAAAGAGGUUUCUAAUGCGCUUUUUAGGUCGACUUGUAACUGUAAUAAAAUCUGAGAAUCUUAAUUACACAAACUUCUAAGGGUGCUAUUCCACCAGAAAUGUUCUAUGCUGCGUUUCUGUGGAUGCGUUUGACUUCCACCAAUCAUAUUCAUUGGUAGACACAGCUUAGCACUGGUGGAAACAGACUCGGCUCAGCUAUGUUUUUUUAUAUAAAAAAAUGCGUGCUGUGAAUGGCUUUCCUAUUAUUAAUACAUCGCAUCGAACUGCGUAUCUUCCUCGCACAGCUACAUAGCUUAGUAUCAGUGGUAACGGUCACAUAGUUUUACAGCUUAACUAUUACAUAAUCGUAGCAUAGCUACAUAGCUUAUUUUUGGUGGAAAAGCACCCUCAUUCAAGCAAGCUUGGCGAUUAAACGUAGAUUAUGAUGGGAUAACAGUAUGAAAAAUACAUCACAAUUUAGUAGUAAAACUAUCUAAUCAUACUCUAAUGCCUCGUUCGUAUAUAGCGAAGUAUGUUUAACGACUGUAAUGUUGUACAAUUUAACUUUAAAUAAAUAAAUAGUAGCUCUCUCUCACUUCUGUCCUAAAAUCGAAGCGAGAGAGAACUACUAAAUACUAGCUACUUGUACUACUACUACUACUACUACUAACGAACUAACGUAUUGUGAAUAAGGCAUUACUAUAGCAAUACUUUUACUUCGUUGUAAUUUUAAUAAAAUUAAUAAUAUGCACCCAACUAAAACAUCGAAUACGUUCCUUCAGCUGUGUUUACGCUUAUAUUGUAAUAAUGAAAGCACAAUUCUAUGUAUUUAAUCUUAGUUAUAUACAAGUUUUAAAUAAAUGCCUACA